UUCACUGCAGGUGAUGAAGGGCACUUGCAUGAAUUUGGGAUGGAGCUUUAACAUCCAGUCACCUCCCACCCCACCCUGUUGUUUCAAGACACCCGCUGGUAGUGGCCCCCUCACGGCACCGCACUGAGACUGCGCUCAGAAUGAUUUCCAGCCUUACUAGGGAAAAGGCUUUGUGAAAAAUCAGCACCUUCUGGAGAAAAAGAGAACGUCACUGUGUUAGUACUGCUGUUAGAGAGCAACACGGAGAAAUGCCAUUUGGGCAGGACCCUCUGCAUGUCUCCUCCCUUUCUGAUGCAGUAUAAAUACCUUCAAUGACACCAAAUUUAAUCUGGCUGCAAUGCCUGCUGUGUGAAGUCUGCAUCUUACCCAUUCUGUGGCCAGAAUACGGCGUCUGUGAGAACUUGCGGAAACUGGAGAUCACAGGAGUGUCCUGUCGAGAUGUUUAUGCCAAACGUAUAAACCCGCGAGUGAAGUCGGGACGUUUUAUGAAAAUCCUUCCCGACUACGAGCACAUGGAGUACAGAGAUGUUUACACCUGCCUGCUGCACCGAUACCGACACAUCCUGGGAUUAUGGCAGCCAGACAUCGGGCCCUAUGGGGGGCUGCUGAACGUGGUGGUAGAUGGUUUGUUCAUCAUUGGGUGGAUGUACUUGCCACCUCAUGACCCUCAUGUCGAUGAUCCCAUGAGAUUCAAACCUCUCUUCAGGAUUCAUCUCAUGGAGAGGAAAUGUGCGACGGUUGAGUGUAUGUAUGGUCAUAAGGGACCUCAUAAUGGCCACAUCCAGAUUGUAAAGAAGGAUGAAUUCUCCACGAAAUGCAACCAGACAGAUCACCAUCGGAUGUCAGGGGGAAGACAAGAGGAAUUCCGGACAUGGCUAAGGGAAGAGUGGGGUCGGACUCUGGAAGACAUCUUCCAUGAACACAUGCAAGAGCUUAUCUUGAUGAAGUUCAUCUACACCAGCCAAUACGACAACUGCUUGACGUACCGACGCAUCUACCUCCCUCCUAGCAGCCCUGAUGACCUUAUAAAGCCAGGUCUCUUCAAGGGAACGUAUGGGAGCCAUGGGCUGGAGAUUGUCAUGUUGAGCUUUCAUGGAAGGAAAGCAAAGGGGACUAAAAUCACCGGUGAUCCCAACAUCCCAGCUGGGCAGCAGACUGUGGAGAUUGACCUGGCACAUCCUCUGCAGCUGCCCGACAUCGAGAACCUUCGGGAUUUCAGCGAGCUCUCUCGCAUCGUCCUGGAGGUCCAGGAGCAGGUACGUCGAGAGGAACAGGAGGAGGAGCAGCGGCAGGAGGAAGAAGAUCGCUCCCAGCAGGCUGCCUCUCAGUCUGCUGCAAAGCCUCUGGGAGGAGAAGGUGCUGAGGGGGAAGAGACUGCAGCUGGGGCGGAGGGGACAACCCAGAGCAAGGCACCAGCUUCCCAGCCUUUCGUGCUGCCCAUGGGAGUCAUAUCGAGGAAUGAAGACUACCCCCGGACCUGCAGAAUUUGUUUUUAUGGGACGGGGCUUAUUGCUGGCCAUGGCUUCACCAGCCCCGAGCGAACGCCGGGUGUUUUUGUUCUCUUCGAUGACGAUCGCUUUGGAUUCAUCUGGCUGGAGCUGAAAUCCUUCAGUCUCUACAGCCGCAUCAAGGUCUCCUUCCAGAACGCCGAAGCGCCUUCCCGGGAGGCUUUUGAUGAAAUGCUGAAGAACAUUCAGUCGCUGGCUACUUGAUGGGUGACUUGUGAUGGACAGGGCUAGGGGUUGCAAAGGCUGCUGCACUCCCCAGCCAGGGCUGGGAUGGGGAUUCCUUGCUCUCGGUACCUCUGAAAAAAAAGCAUGCACUUUUAAUAAAGCCUUUUUACCCCAAA